AUGUUUCUUCAAGCAGUGCGCAUUUUCAAUACUGUGGUCAUGAAAAUUAUGUUCAUGUUUGGGACGAUAUUCAGCAAGCUCUCACAUGUGCUGAUACACCCGAAGUCAGAUUUUUGGCGAUUUUGGCGACUUUUAACGGUUUUGCAAACAGCGUGUUUAUUUCUAAGUCUUUUGGUGCAGAGAGUGAUGCAGCCACAAAAGGGACGUCUGCCCUACUUGGCUUCGAUUCGCAGGCAUGGCACACGCGAGCACGUGUGCACAGGGAUUCUGGUGGAUAAGUGGGUAGUGCUAACAGCUGCUCACUGCGUCUACCCACAGUCUCCAUACUCGGCGGGACCGCGGCCUGUGGUGCACAUAGGCGCCACUAGUGUAGAUGGUCGAGACGAUGAGGUCCAGGUGACCAUGGUAAGUUCCACCCAUAUACACGAACGAUGGACGCCUGCACUUGGCCAGCGAUCGCCAUUCAAUGUUGCUCUUCUCCGCCUGAGCCAGAGUUCCGACAGACAUGUGCCACAGAUCUUGACCGAUCAUGUGGGCCUUCGCAUCGGACUGAUGUUGUACGUUGCCGGGUGGGGCGUCGAUCCAGGAGGUCCAAAAUUAGGUCAAAGCAUAUUCGGCACCCUGAAGGUAGAGCACCAUCAGUUUCUAGAUGGCACACAUUGCAACAGGUCCACGCUCUGGGCAGGGGAAAUUCAGGGAGGCUUGGUGUGCGGCCUCGCACAGGAGGGGCAGGCGAGCUGCAUAGCGGAUUCAGGAUCACCCAUGAUGUUGCUUGAUAUGCCCGGGUACGAUGUGGACUGUGGCAGCCCGCAGCUUGAUUUCCUCGUUGGAAUCAACAUUGAUGGUGCACCGUGCGGAACCUCAGCCAAACCCGACAUCUUUCUGGAUCUGAGGGACCUUGCCCCAUGGAUACAGCAACACAUUGAUGUUGACGGGCAUCACAAGCAUGAGCUCUGA